ACAAAAGCAAACAUCGUAGUAUUGGUUUUUAGUGAGACAGAGGCCCAGUGAGCCUGAUGCAAGUUCUAGUGGAACAAAGAGACAAAAGAAGAACAGCUACUUGUGUUUUGAUGGAAGAGUGUUCCCCUUCCAAGCAAUGACAUCCCUCCAUCCCUCCAUCCCUCCAUCUCUCCUUUUCAUAUUCAGUCGUCAAUAGCUUUCAUCAUUAAAGGUAAAUUCUAUUGGAAUCCAGUGUCUUUUUGAGAUGCCUUUGCCUGCUGAGGAUGAAACUGCCCAGAAUGUGUGAAUUCAGCUUUUCCCUGGAGUCGAGGUAAGGAGAGCAUUGUUCUCAGAGUCGAUCUUCUCGUGAUCUCCAAAUGUAUUAUGCCCAGAAUUCCAAAGGAAAAGUAGGAAAAAGCUGCUCUCAAGAAAGGACCGUGAGCAAAUGAGCUCCUGAACGUGGAAUUCCAGACAUCAGGAAGCCAAGGGGAAGACUCUGAAAGCUGCGGAAAGGCCACCCGACGUCCACUGGAGCAGGCAGCAGCAUGCAGCCACCGCCAAGCCUGUGCGGACGCGCCCUGGUGGCCCUGAUCCUUGCCAGCGGCGUGGCGGGGGUCCAGGGAGGAGACAGGGGAUUCCCGCUGGAUGCCGCCACUUCGCCACUCCUGGGGACCACAGAGAUAAUGACGCCCCCUACUAAGACCUCUUGGCCGACAGUGUUCAAUACCAGCGUGCCGUGGUCAUCCGCACCUCCGCAAAUGCCUAAAGCAGGAAAGCCGGUUGGAGCCCCGCCUCACACGCUCUCCCCUCCCAGGUGCAAAGGAUCCAUCGAAAUCAAAGAGACUUUCAAGUACAUCAACACGGUGGUGUCCUGCCUAGUGUUCGUGCUGGGCAUCAUCGGAAACUCCACACUGCUGAGAAUUAUUUACAAGAACAAAUGCAUGCGAAAUGGCCCUAAUAUCUUGAUAGCCAGCCUGGCUCUGGGAGACCUGCUGCACAUCAUCAUUGACAUCCCCAUCAAUGUCUACAAGCUUCUCGCCAAGGACUGGCCCUUUGGAGUGGAGAUGUGUAAGCUCGUGCCUUUCAUACAGAAGGCCUCGGUGGGAAUCACUGUGCUGAGUCUGUGUGCUCUAAGUAUUGACAGAUACCGAGCCGUUGCGUCUUGGAGUCGAAUUAAAGGAAUCGGGGUUCCAAAAUGGACAGCAGUAGAAAUUGUUUUAAUUUGGGUGGUCUCUGUGGUUUUGGCUAUCCCCGAAGCUGUGGGUUUUGAUAUGAUUACCACUGACUACAAUGGAAGUUAUCUGCGAAUCUGCUUGCUUCAUCCCACUCAGAAAACAGCCUUCAUGCAGUUUUAUAAGACAGCUAAAGAUUGGUGGCUCUUUAGUUUCUACUUCUGCUUACCAUUGGCCAUCACCGCAUUUUUCUACACCCUGAUGACCUGUGAAAUGUUGAGAAAGAAGAGUGGAAUGCAAAUUGCUUUAAAUGAUCACUUAAAGCAGAGACGCGAAGUAGCCAAAACAGUAUUUUGCCUGGUCCUUGUCUUUGCCCUGUGUUGGCUUCCCCUUCACCUCAGCAGGAUUUUGAAGCUCACUCUUUAUGAUCAGAAUGAUCCCAAUAGAUGUGAACUUCUGAGCUUUCUGUUGGUAUUGGACUACAUCGGCAUCAACAUGGCCUCCCUGAAUUCCUGCAUUAAUCCAAUAGCUCUGUAUUUGGUGAGCAAGAGGUUCAAAAACUGCUUUAAGUCAUGCUUAUGCUGCUGGUGCCAGUCAUUUGAAGAAAAACAGUCUCUGGAGGAAAAGCAGUCGUGCUUGAAGUUCAAAGCUAAUGAUCAUGGAUAUGACAACUUCCGUUCCAGUAAUAAAUACAGCUCAUCUUGAAAGAAG